AUGCACGUCAUCUUAACCAUAACACAAAAGACAACUAACUUUCCACUUCGGACCUACUCUUACCUGGUGCUGCUGCUCCCCGUGUUUGUCCUCACUGAUUACGUCCGCUACAAGCCGGUCAUCGUCUUACAGGGGAUAAGCUUCAUCGUCACCUGGCUGCUGCUCCUGUUUGGCCAAGGAGUGAAGAUCAUGCAGCUUGUUGAAUUUGUCUAUGGUCUGGUCUCGGCCACCGAGGUGGCCUACUAUGCCUACAUCUACAGUGUGGUCAGCCCAGAGCACUACCAGAAGGUGAGCGGCUACUGUCGGAGUGUCACGCUGGUGGCCUACACAGCGGCCUCGGUGCUGGCCCAGCUCCUGGUUUCCCUGGCAAACGUGUCCUACUUCCACCUCAAUGUCACCACCUUGGCCUCUGUCUCCGUGGCUUUCUUCUUCUCGCUCUUUCUGCCAAUGCCCAAGAAGAGCAUGUUUUUCCACGCAAAACCCAGCAAACAAGCUUCUCAGAAGACACCAGGACAGACUGCUGUCCUAGAGGAAGCCCAUAGAGGUGACGAAGCAGCCCACCAAGAAGCAGGCACCCUUUCCAGGCAUGGGGAGGAGAGCCAGCCCAGCAGCCCCAAGCCCAGACAUGAGGCUUUGAGGAGCAGCGUGCAGUGGUUCCAGGAUCUGCGGGAGUGCUACUCCUCCAAGCGUCUUUUCUACUGGUCCCUGUGGUGGGCUCUUUCCACAGCGGGUUUUAACCAGGUUUUGAACUAUGUGCAGAUCCUGUGGGAUGACAAGGCCCCAUCCCAAGAUUCCUCCAUCUAUAAUGGAGCAGUAGAAGCCCUUGAAACCUUGGGGAGUUGGUAUGCAAGACUUUAUCUUAUCCAUGUGCAGAAAAUGUGCAUAAUAUAUGUAGCUGAGAUACUCCAUGGUUAAAAAAAAUAAAAUAAAAAAAUAAAAACAGUUAGGCUAUUUGGAAAUAACUGUAAUGAGUGUAUUUUAGUGAUGUGGAGCCCUGAGAAGAGAAAGCUCAUGAGACCUCCGAUUACAAGACCUAAGGUUAGGAAGAGUAUACAGCAUGUGGUUAAUGUGACAUAUUUGCUAUUUAUAUGGAAGAGGACUACUGAAUCAAUGGGGAAAAACGCUGUCUCAAGUUUUUAUCCAUGUUCUAUCACUUCCAAAGUGGGCAAGUCAAUUAAAACUCCAGUUUAAUCCAUUCUGUUCUCCUAAAAGGCCAGAACAAUACUGGCUAGCUUCCUUCAUAAGAUUACUUUUAAGACCAAAAGGGAUCUUCAUGUAAAGGUAAUUGUAUAUUGUAAGGUCGGUCUUAAGUGAAAAACAGAGUUUUUGUUAAUUUUUAAUACAAAAUGAAUUAUUAAGCAUUCGAACUGUAAUCUUGGAUAACACCGUGGUAUUGAUUUCAACACUGAAUACUAGAUUGUUUGGAAAAAAAAUAAGACUUUAGUUACAAAAUUCAAAAGAGGCAGCUAAUGUCAUGAAAGACUGAUGAAGCUCUACCUUUCCCUAAAGACAUCAGUGACAAGGUAGCAUCCUACUGACCAAAUGUGGCCUGUCCUCGGACAGCUGGAGGUUUCCGAUUGAACCAUCAAGACCCCUUCCUUCCUCUAGUCUUUCACCAACUCUAGUCUUUAGCUGUCAUUUGCAAGCUGUUGACAUGAGGUGGGCAAACUGAGCCAUGGCACACACUACAGUGUGCAGUGCACGCUGUAGAAAAACAGCAAC